AUGAAACAGAAAAACCAGACUGUGGUCACGACAUUUAUCCUCCUGGGACUUCAGGGUCCCAUUAACAUAAGGAUGUUACUGUUUAUACUCUUCCUUGUGAUUUAUUGUAUGACAAUAUGUGGGAACCUCUUGAUCAUCACACUGGUGUCCUCCGACAAGAACCUCCAAUCUCCCAUGUACUUCUUCCUCACACAACUGUCUAUAAGCGACAUCAUCAUAUCCACAGACGUUGUUCCCUACAUGCUUCAUAUUUUACUGAAUGGUGAGGGAAACAUUAAUUUUAUUGGCUGCAUCAUUCAAUUAUAUUUCUUCAGUGCCUCAGAAACAUCUGAUUGUUUGAUCCUCACAGUGAUGGCUUAUGACAGAUAUGUGGCUAUUUGCAAACCCCUCCAUUAUGUGUCUAUAAUGAACAGGGGACACUGCAUGAAAUUGGCAUUCCUGUCUUGGACGUUGAGUUUUUCCAUCAUAUUAAUUGACAGUAUUACAACAGCAAUGCUACAUUUUUGUGGAUCAAACAUUAUUGACCAUUUCUUCUGUGAUCUUGUUCCCCUACUGGAACUUUCUUGUUCAGAUACUAAAAUUGUGAAAUUAGAAGUUUCUUUACUGAGUGCUCCACUGCUUCUAAUCCCAAGCAUAAUAAUUCUAUUUUCUUAUAUUAAUAUCCUUUUUACAGUCUUAACAACUUCAUCUAAUACUGUCAGACAGAAAGCCUUCUCAACAUGCAGCUCCCAUUUGACUGUGGUGUCCUUAUAUUAUGGGACCUUGUUUAGUGUUUAUGCUCUACCAAUAAAAGGACAGUCAUUGAGAAUAAGUAAAAUCUUAUCACUCAUUUAUACUGUGUUUACCCCUUUGUUAAAUCCCUUCAUAUACAGUCUGAGGAAUAAGGACAUCAAGAAAGCUUUACAGAACACAUUUUCUAAAAUUUGUGUUUUUUAG